AUGUCUUCUAAAACACACACCCCAACCGUUUUAUGGGCUCAACGUUCAAGUGAUUCUGAUGCAGACAAGAAUGUCAUUCUUUUAACUGUUCAAAUCACCGAUCCAAAAGAUUUGCACAUUGAUUUGAAACCAACCUACCUUACCGUUAAGGCUGACUCAUCCACUUAUGAAAGCACUCAUUACGAGUUGAAGAUUGAUUUCUAUGAUGAAAUAGAUCCAGAAAAAUCCAAAAUCAAUACCGAGAAUGGUUCCCACUUGUUCUUUGUAUUAUCGAAAAAGAAGUUGCAAGAAGAGUACUGGCCACGAUUGACCAAAGAGAAAUUGAAGUACCAUUACAUCAAAACAGAUUUCGAUAAAUGGGUAGAUGAAGAUGAGCAAGACGAAGUUAAAGAUGACGAUGCCAAUUUGAUGGGCGGUAUGCCAGGUAUGGGUGGUGCUGGAGGUCCAGGAGGAAUGGACUUCUCUCAACUUUUAGGUGGAAUGGGUGGAGGCGCAGGAGGAACUCCAGAUUUGAGCGCUUUAGCAAGUCAAUUGGGACAAGCUGGAGGCGCUGGAGGUGCUGGUGGCCCAGGAGGAUUCGAUUUUAGCUCAUUGCAAUCAGAUAUUGGUAAUGAUGGCGAUGUCGAUGAUGGGGAAGUAGAUCUGAGUGAAGUACAAGUUGAUGAGGAAAAAGAUGCCAAGUAA